AUGCAGCUAAACGUGAAAAUCGCCCAGCUAUCGAAAAAUAAAUGUGACACAAUUAUUAAAUUGUCUGAAAUGGAGAUACUGGCAUGUUUCAGAAGCUAUUCAAGUCAGACCAGGGACUUGAAUAACAUAUACUUUUCCAUGAUCAUUGUAACUUAUGUUCUAAAUCUGGUUUGUUUUAGUUGAAGAACUAUGACACACGGGUGCAAAGGUCGCGGGCAUACCCGCAGUCCUCUACUUUAGGUAGUUUCCCUUCCCUCUACAGUGUAUGACCAAUGUGGCAUCAUGUCUAAUAGAAUGACAUUGACUAAUGUUUAGUUACUGGAAAUGUAUGUAGUUCUAUAGGUGCAAAGACAAAAAAGUAUUUAACCAUUAACAUACGGUCAAAGUAUAGUCUAUUUAUCAACUUGUUUCAUUGUCAUGGUCAGAUGUUUAUCACACAGUUAACAUUGAGCCCAUCUCUUUUUAUCCCAAGGAUAAGAAGGAACAGCGGAACAUCAGAGCUGCAGAAAUGGAGGCAUUUCAUCUACGACUCCAGGAGCGUGAUGAACACAUACAGAAACUGAAAGCUGUUGUAAGUCCAUUACUGCUCAAUCAAACUCACUCUUUUGGUAUGAUGAUAAAGAGCUAUCUUAAUGGGGUUCCUGUUAUGGCUCUCAACAGGUGGGACUGAUGGAACCACUUAAAGAGCAUCACGGUGGUGCCAGGAUGCCCUGUGCCACCAACACCCACAGUUUGAUCAGAGUAUAAAAAGAUUGCAAUCUGUUUAUCGACCUACUAAGCUUACUUGUCAGGAUUGUUCGAGGGUAGAAGCAUGCAGGAUUAUCCACAACUAAAUGCUGCAUUGAUAUGUGGAUCAAAUAAUCACCUUUGUUACAGAUAUCAAGAGUGAGGAAAAGAGUGAGAUCAAGGUCACUGAGAUGAGGGAUGUGGCCCUAGUAAGUUAAUGUAUAGUCAGUGUAAGCUAGGAGACAUUUGGUUAAGUUAUUGAAAUAAGUAGAUGUAAAUAAUGGGUGUUGAUUACAGAAAGGACCUGCUUUUCAGUUUCCCCCAAACUGGAAAUACUAUCAUAUUUUACAACGGAUCAGUUGUUUGCUGGCACUUAAAAAUGCAUAAUUUUCUACAGAACAAAACCACACUGGAGGAGGAGAACAGGGGUCUUUGGGGUAGGCUAUGUUACAAACACACAACAUACAGUGCAUUCGGAAAGUAUUCAGACCCCUUCACUUUUUCCACAUUUUGUUACAUUACAGCCUUAUUCUAAAAUGGAUGAAAUUGUUUUUUCCCCCCUCAUCAAUCUACACACAAUACCCAAUUUUGUUUUUAGACAUUUUUGCUAAAAAUAAAUACAUAAAAACUGACAUAUCACAUUUACAUAAGUAUUCAGACCCUUUACUCAGUACUUUGUUGAAGCACCUUUGGCAGUGAUUACAGCUUCAAGUCUUCUUGGGUAUGACGCUACAAGCUUGGCACAACUGUAUUUGGGGAGUUUCUACCAUUCUUCUCUGCAGAUCCUCUCAAUCUCUGUCAGGUUGGAUGGGGAGAGUCACUGCACAGCUAUUUUCACAUCUCUCCAGAGAUAUUCAAUCGGGUUCAAGUCCGGGCUCUGGCUGGGCCACUCAAGGACAUUCAGGGACUUGUCCCAAAGCCACUCCUGUGUUGUCUUGGCUGUGUGCUUGCCCUGUUGGAAGGUGAACCUUCGUCCCAGUCUGAGGUCCUGAGCGCUCUGGAGCAGGUUUUCAUCAAGGAUCUCUCUGUACUUUGCUCUGUUCAUCUAUCCCUCAAUCCUGACUAGUCUCCCAGUUCCUGCCGCUGAAAAACAUCCCCACAGAAUGAUGCUGCCACCCCCAUGCUUCACCGUAGAGAUAAUUCCAGGUUUCCUCCAGACGUGACGCUUGGCAUUCAGACCAUAGAGUUCAAUCUUGGUUUAAUCAGACCAGAUAAUCUUGUUUCUCAUGGUCUGAGAGUCCUUUAGGUGCCUUUUGGAAAACUCCAAGCGGGCUGUCAUGUGCCUUUUACUGAGAAGUGGCUUCCAUCUGGCCACUCUACCAUAAAGGCCUGAUUGGUGGAUUGCUGCAGAGAUGGUUGUCCUUCUGGAAGGUUCUCCCAUCCCCACAGAAGAACUCUGGAGCUUUGUCAGAGUGACCAUCGAGUUCUUGGUCACCUCCCUGACCAAAGCCCUUCUCCCCCAAUUGCUCAGUUUGGCCGGGAGGCCAGCUCUAGGAAGAGUCUUGGUGGUUCCAAACUUCUUCCAUUUAAGAAUGAUGGAGGCCACUGUGUUCUUGGGGACCUUCAAUGCUGCAGAUAUUUUUUGGUAGCCUUCCCCAGAUCUGUGCCUCGACACAAUCCUGUCUCAGCGCUCUACGGACAAUUCCUUCGACCUCAUGGCUUGGUUUUUGCUCUGACAUACACUGUCAACUGUGGUACCGGUGUGUGCCUUUACAAAUCAUGUCCAAUCAAGUUGUAGAAACAUCUCAAGGAUGAUCAAUAAAAACAGGAUGAACCUGAGCUCAAUUUCGAGUCUCAUAGCAAAGGGUCUGAAUACUUAAUUCUGUUUUUUAUUUUUAAUAUAUUUGCUAAAAUGUCUAAAAGCCUGUUUUCGCUUUGUCAUUAUGGGGUAUUGUGUGUAGAUUGAUGGGGAUUUAUUUAAUCCAUUUUAGAAUAAGGCUGUAACGUACCAAAAUGUGGAAAACGUCAAGGGGUCUGAAUACUUUCCGAAUGCACUGUAUGUCCCAUCAGCCAGAGUAACUUUAUUCUGUCUUGAUAUUUUCAUUACUUUAUGAAGUCUGUUUACUUUGCAACAGACAAAAAUUACGAAAUCCUCUCUACAUCAAAAACUCCAUAUCACUGAGAAGAUGUAUAUAUAUAUUAUAUAUUAUUAUAUUAUAUGUAUAGACAGACUCUGAAAAAGCUGUAAGUGGAUGUGAUAUUAGUUUGAUCAUAUUAGGAUUUGUUUUCAUUCACAUGACAUGAGGACCAAAGCCCAGAUUCAAGGCAAACAUGAGGAAAAGCAACAUAAGUAAGCCUAAAUAAGACAGCCUGCCAACUACUGAUCCAUAACCGCUCAAUAGUAAACUAAGCUACCAAGUACUUCAUCUAAACCAUAAGCCCCAGUAUCAACACUCAUAUUGGGUCUUUGCACACAUUUAUAAUGCAAUUUUAGUUUUUUCCUCAGAUUGACAAUCUACAAGACAAAAUCCAGACCAUAUUUGUGAGAACAUUCACUUUAAAGUUAGCUAGUUGCAAUAAGGUGUUAUUAGCUUCUUUUUGCUAGUUACUGUAAGGUGUCUUGCUGUACACUAACAUAUAAUUAAUGUAGUCUUUAGCUGAACGUCUCUGCUGCCGAGCAUGCUCUGGCCAUGGAGAAGAAGGAGGCAGCGCUACUCUGCCAGAGGUGAGUCCAACAGUCAAUUAAUUUGAUUGAAAUAGAUUAGUGUCGGAGGCUGGUCGAGUGCUAACACUCUCGACUCUGCACCAUGCAUGCCGCCACGGUUUCGGGGGUUUGAGUCACGACUCGGUGUCAGUCCGUGUCCUUCCUCUCUGUCUUCAUCCACAUACCGGUCUCUCUAGCCUCUACUUCCUAUUACAGAAGGAGAUCGGACUGCCCAGUUAUUGAUGAGUGUACAUCUGAAUGGAUCCUAUAGAAAGGAAUUUCAUCCCAUCCUUAACCCUAAAACGUACUUUGCAUUCUAUGAGACUAAAACAUACAGCCACAACCCUUUUUUGGGGUGUGCCGCGCUCACAUGCUCGUCGGAACUUCCUACUUUCUAGUUGUGAUGUCGAAAAUACUACUUUGUUUCAUUCAUGUGCUUUUUGGUCGAAAUAAUUAUUAAACCAAUACGAUUUUAGCUAGCUUGAUGAGCUAGCUAAUGUUGCUAAUAGUAAAGUUAGCUAGCUUGCUUAACAUUGACAAUAUGGCCAAUCUAGCUACAUUAUGAAAUGUAAAAUGUAGCCUAAUUAUCCAUAUUGAUAAGGUUGUAGUUAUCAAAAACGGAUUUGUUGUCAUCUUUUGGUUGAAAAGGUAAAUGACAGUGGUGAAACGGCACAACUCGGACAACAAACUUUUCUCAGUUUCCCACCGACUUGGAGGGUCGUUCAAGUGAACCUUCCUAGUCGGAACUAGGAAUUUCCGAUAACUCCAAUAGCACGUAAACGUGGCAUUAGUCAAUAUCUACUCUUAUAGGGACAUGGGGCAUGUUGUCUCUAAGUACUGUGAUUUUCUUUCUAGGAUUUUUCAACUAACCUCAGAGAAGCUGAAAAUAGUUGAAUAUUUGUUCCUGACCAAGACCACUCCCAAGCCCCUCAAAACAAACAAGACCAACAAGCCAUCCUUGAAAAACUGCAAAGUCCUGAAAGCCUUCAAAGCACUACUCAUCUUCAAGAAAAUUAAGAAAUGA